AUGGUUGGUGGCAUCUUAUCUGCAGCUGCAGGCUCCCAACCUGCUUCGCCCGCCCAACAAGCACUCCACAACCACAUCUCCCCCAACAGCCAGAUGUUAUCACCACCUUUGACGAGUCAAACAUCACAAGACAAUGAGACCAACCAGACCGACGAAGCCAGCCACAACCCCCAACAGCCAUCGCGGGACAACUGUGAUCGACACGGACCGAACGAAGACGAAACUGUCAGAACCGUCAAGAUGCCUUACGACUUAGCUGGCAAGACUGUCACCCCCUACCUCAAAGAACAUAUCCCCGGACUGUACGCUCCUCUCGGUAUGGGAAAGCAAGACAAUGUGGCCGACUCCGUGCAGUCAAGCUCCCGAUCAAAAGAUCCCAACACCAAGUAUUGCUAUCGCCAUCGUCCCGACUCCAAGUGUCGCCGCACGGCCGACGAGACCAAGAUGGGUGUUAUCCAACGGGAACUCAACAGCCUCACAUCCCAGGACCAGCAGGCCAUCACACACGUGUGGUCUCUCUUUUCUGCUGCCCCCGCAAAGCACCGCGAGCUGAUGCUCCAGGGCAUUAUCACCCAGUGCUGCUUUCCCCAACUCUCCGCCGUUUCCCGCGAAGUCCACGAACAGCUCAAGAUCGACUUCCUCACCGCCCUCCCCGCCGAACUCUCCUACAAGAUCCUUUGCAGCCUCGACACCGUAUCUCUUUGCAAAGCCGCCCAAGUCAGCCGCAGGUGGCGCAACCUCGCUGACGAUGAUGUCGUAUGGCACCGCAUGUGCGAGCAGCACGUGGACAGACGCUGCACGAAAUGUGGAUGGGGUUUGCCGUUGCUGGAGAAGAAGAAGCUGAUUGCUUGGGGUAAGAAGCACAAGCAUCACUCCGAGCGUGAUCACAGCGAUGGCGACGAGCCGGCAUCGUCACCUACCGAGUCUAAGAAGCGACCAAUGUUAACCCGUGAACAUGGGAGCGACAGCAAGAGACAGCGACUGGAUCAAUCCACCAAAUCACGAGCCCAAUUAGAAGGCGAGCGCAAGUUCAGGCCCUGGAAAGAUGUCUACCGAGAUCGAUUCAAGGUGGGGUACAACUGGAAAACUGGACGCUGUUCUAUCAAGACUUUCAAGGGUCAUGAUAACGGCGUCACGUGUCUUCAGUUCGACCAUAACAUCCUCGCCACCGGAUCAUACGAUACAACAAUCAAGAUUUGGAACAUUGAAACAGGGGCGGAACUCAGAACCUUGCGUGGACACACCGGCGCAGUCAGGACCCUGCAGUUUGACGAGUCGAAACUUAUCAGUGGCAGUUUCGACAAAACAAUCAAGGUGUGGAACUGGCAGACUGGUGAAUGCCUGAGCACACUUCAAUGCCACACCGAGGGCGUUCUUUCGGUACACUUUGAUGGCCCUCUUCUUGCAUCAGGUUCUAUCGACAAGACGGUCAAGAUUUUCAAUUUCGAUACCAAAGAGACCUUCCACCUUCGCGGCCACAAGGACUGGGUCAACCAUGUCCGCAUCGACUACGAGUCCCGUACCGUCUUCUCAGCAUCUGACGACCUCACCGUGAAGCUCUGGGAUCUCGACAGCAAGCAAUGCAUCAAGACGUUCCAUGGCCACGUUGGUCAGGUCCAGCAAUUGCUCCUCAUGCCCCCUGACUUUGAGCCUGAUGAGGUGCCCAGCUCCGACAGCAGCAACGAUACCGCCUCGGUCCACAGCCGCCGUAGUGUGACGCCUGUGCCUGAGGAAGAUGAUCGAUCUACCUUCGGGUCCGGUUUCGUCGCUGACUACUCCCGCCCACUGCCUCCCCGUUAUAUGCUCACCGGUGGCCUGGAUAACACGGUGCGGCUGUGGGAUACUGUCACUGGCAAGUGCAUGAGGUCCAUGUUCGGCCACGUCGAGGGCAUCUGGGGCCUUGUGGGAGAUACCCUACGAGUCGUCACUGGAGCUAACGACGCCAUGACCAAGGUAUGGGAACCACGCUCAGGCAAAUGUGAGCGUUCAUUUACUGGCCACGUCGGCCCUGUCACCUGUGUAGGUCUCAGUGACAGCCGCAUGGCCAGUGGGAGUGAGGACGGCGACGUGCUCUUGUACAGUUUUGAAGGGGAGAGCAUGCAGGAGAGAGGCACCCCCUCUUAA